AUGCGCAAAUUCACCUACAAUGUUGCUGCAUCCUUUGCUGGCAAGAACAACAGAUUAGAUCCUACGAGCAAUGUCUUUCAUUUCAACCCAUAUAAUCGCAUACAACCACAGAUCAAGCGUCCCAAAUCGAAGCGGCCGGCCAGCGGACAGGAUGCUUUUUUCAUCGCACGGGUCGGCGACACCAACGCCGUGGCUCUGGGCGUAGCAGAUGGUGUCGGCGGCUGGGAAGAGAGCGGCGUCGAUCCUGCAGAUUUCUCCCACAGCUUUUGCGAUUACAUGGCAUUGGCAGCAUACGAGCACAAACCAGGCGCCGCCCCGAACCUGUCAGCAAAGGGGCUGAUGCAAAAGGGAUAUGACGAGGUCUGCAACGACAAGAGCAUACACGCGGGCGGCAGCACGGCGUGCGUAGCCAUUGCCUCGGAAGACGGAAAGCUCGAGGUUGCGAAUUUGGGAGACUCGGGCUUCAUUCACCUUCGCCUCAAUGCCGUGCACAAUUACUCGGAGCCGCAAACUCACGCUUUCAAUACCCCGUAUCAGCUCUCUGUGGUGCCCGCCAGCAUGUUGGCUAGAGCCGCAGCGUUUGGAGGCGCACAGCUUUGCGAUUAUCCCAAGGACUCGGAUGUGACGACGCACAACCUCAAGCACGGAGAUGUCUUGGUAUUUGCCAGCGACGGUCUCUGGGACAAUGUCUUUAAUCAAGAUAUUCUGAAACUGGCGAGCCGUGUCAUGACCAAAAGCGGUGCCUGGAAGUUAUCAGACGGCGGAAUCCGUGUGGUAGACAACCUUGCUCCUUUUACGCAAGCUGAAGACUCGGUCCAGAGACCCACGACCAUUCAGGCCGCUAUAGCUGUGGAAAUUGCUCUUGCAGCCAAAGUCCUCAGUCUCAAUCAGCGCGUCGAUGGGCCGUUUGCAAAGGAAGUACAAAAGUACUAUCCCCAAGAGGACUGGCACGGCGGCAAGAUUGACGAUAUCUGUGUAGUCGUUGUCGUGGUAUCAGAGGACGGAAAGACGCCAGCCGUCAAGGCCAAGCUGUAA